UGGCCAAAUGAAGUAAAGGUUGUCAAUCGCUUGCGUGACGAAGUUGCAUCAUGAUUGGUCAAAUCCUUGAAUGACAUUUCCGAGGAUUGCAAAUGGUGACAACGGCGAUGCGCAGCUUGUGCGUUUUGCCUGUAAUUAUUGUUAAUGGCGGAGUUCGAGAUCGAAAAUAAUUGCAUGUUUGAAGGACUUAUUGAAUCGUCACUGGAAUAUUCUAAAAGACUCUCUUAGGAGACGAAUGAUAUUUUGCGCAGAAUGAUUUCCCGAGAAUAUCGGCCCCGAACGGUAAGCUUAUGUUUUGUUUAUAAGAUUUCCAACUGAGUACCGACCACAAAUUAAGCUUAAGCUUCAUUCUGUCGUUUUAUUUUGAUCCAUCCUCUCUGCACGCGCAACAAUCGCUUUUCCCUUCUUAAAACUUACUAAAUAUUUAGUUAGUCCCUUUCUACCAUAAAACAGAAUGGUCAAAAUCAAAAUGACUUGGCUUAAGUUGUUCUCUUUUGAAACCAAUGACAGAUGUUAAUUUCAGCUUUUGUCGUUUUAGGGCUCGAGGAUUGGCGGAGACGUGGCAAUUGAUCCGCAUUCGCACGAAGUUUACCGCUCUGAAAUAGAGGAUUUAGAAAUUCAAGGUAAUUAAAUAGUGCCUUACGACUUUUUAAAGAGCACUCCGACCCUUAGCCAAUUUGUCUCAGUAUUCUCAGUAUUGCUUGAUCUUGCAGGAUCUGAAAAACUCAUUCGCUCGAAGGCCGGUAUUUCACAAAUUAAAAUGCUCCUUGAAACUGAAAAGUAACUUACGAUUGGCUCCGAUUAGCUCGAAUACUCGUUAUUGUUUCUCUGCCAGUUCAAUAGCGUGAUAGGCUUAGCCAGUGAACAAAGGAAAAACAACCGAUAUUAGCAUCUUAAAUUUGCCAACAUCAGAAGACCAGAAAUGACGUCUUCAGGUAGUUUUCAAUUGUGUCUUCGAAUGCACGACAUUGUGAUACAGCGAACUCACAGUUGCCAGGUUUAAUGGCCAGUGACUUAAAAGCCGUUAUAAUAUUGAAACUUGAAGAUAACAAGUUUUCAAUAAAAUAUACGCUUUCUUUCUUGCCCGUUUUUUUCAGCCAUUUUCCUGACUUUCUUUCUCGGUUCUUUCCGGUGAAAUUUCUUAAUUGUAAAGCCGGGUGUAAAGACGUUUCAUUGAAUCAGAGAUUACUCUUCCGAGGGAUCAUUGCGUGUGACUAAGAACGAUAUUACCAGCUUUUUUUUUUCACCAAAAGUACAUUUGUUUGUCGCCUAUUGAAAACAUAAUAUACUUGAUCACGAAGAUGUGUGACGUUGGAUGACUUGGGAUGACAUCAAAGAGAAUCUAUAUAUAAAAACUGUCAAAAUUCCUUAACUUAAGUUACUUCCUAAUAACAUUAUACUUGUUAAAUUAAAUGCUUUUGUGUAACAAUUUGUGGACCAAUUAAACAUAUCUGUAAAACUUUUACUGCCCAGUGUUUCUUUGUGAGUUUCCUCAGUUUGAAAGUAAUUUUAUGACACGAGCAGAAAGCAAAGAGUUCUUUGGAAGGAAGUUUUGAUUUAUAUGACUAUAUUAUUACAACUUACUGUUCUUUAUUAGAUGGAGGAAAGAAAUAAUAUAAUAACAAUAAUUGACUGUUUUAAGGAAAACAGCGAAAUUAAGAUUAAAAACUUUUAAUCCUAAUGAAAAGUUUAGCAUUCAAUGUUUUCGUUUAGUUCCUAGUAAUAUCUUGGCAUCUCGGGUAUAUUUUACCAUGCAUACAUGCAUGGUUCAGGCUCGUCAGUCUGGUAUAAAAGAAAGUACAUACAAGAGGGUAUAUAUCUGGAGUCAUUAUAGAGCCAUAAUUAAACAACAAUAUAUUUGUUGAAGACAGAUGUUACAAAAUUUUCAUGCCAAGGGCAUGGAAUGACCUCUUUCAACAACAAAAACUAACAACUAGAGUACGGCGCGUGACUUUGCGCUUGAAAAUAAAACUGAUCUGGUGAUUUUACCGUGAAUUCUUUUUGUCACUCAUUUGUUCGGCAUAAUAACGCCUUGUAGUUCACCGAGUGUGUACGGUAUAUAGCUUGUAAGAAUGUUUAAAAGGAAAAUGAACUAUGACACCUGUUAUAUGGAAAUAUAGAGCUAGCAUUUGAUGCGCACGUGCAACCUGCAAUAAAAGCAGUGAAAUUAGGCUCAAAUUCAGGUAAAAGGUGGUAAAUAGAAAAAAAAAAUGUCUAUGAGCAAAAAGAGUAAUGCUCUAGUAUAUUAAUAUUCGAAUCUUCCGCCUUGAAAGCCGCAAAAUCUCAAAUUAUUUGCAAGCGAAAAUUUGGAUAUAGCUCUUGUUGAUGUCGUGCAGUAUCAAAGAUGUUCGCUCCAGUCUUCCUGAGCUGCCAUAAAAGCGCGACAUGCACGCAAGCGAGGUUUCAAACAGAAUUGGUGUACAGACGAUGGAGUUCCCGCAGCCGGUGAAUACGCAGAAAUUUUCCUUUUGUCAAACAAUUUGAAUGGACAACUACAACUUUCCUUCUUUUUUCUAGAGCGGUGACGAAAUACCAGGACACAUUGAUAACAGGGCUCUGAGCUCGACUGGAUAUAUCGGGGAACUCGAUUAUCAACGUACGCGUGAAUAUUAUAGAAAAUAGAAUUUUCGUUCGUACUUUGCACACGCGAUCGUAUGAAAGAUUUUUUUUAUGUGACAGUGCUGAAUUGUGAAUGGAAGGUUGGUUUGGUUAGCUCAUCAUUUAUUUCUUCUUCCUACUAGAUCAUCGUCAAGUUUACGUUGGAGUUCACAUUCCCCUAAGACCACGAAAACAUCAUCAUCAAAGACAUCACCAUCACAGGCGUAGACGCAGACCAGCCUAUGAUGGCUCGUUUACUUCUAUCGACGAGAAAGGUUAGAAUUUACUGCCCUUGGUUAAUGCCACGUAGAUGUAUUUCUGUCCAUAUGAACAAAAUUGUGUUUGUUUGUGGUGGGCAUUUUCAUUUUGUUUGUAGUUGAAGUACUAGAAAGGCUGCAACGCGACAGAAAUUAAAAUAACAUUAGAGGGUGUUCUGUAUUAGCUUGCGAGUUGUUGAUGCUUAGUUGCUUGCUAAGUGUAUCGUCUAACUUUCACGAUUGACGCCAGAGAAAAUAGAAAAUUGUUGCUUAGGUUAAAUGACUCUUAUUUUUCUCAAAUUACUUUUUGUUGUUCACGACUCCUGUCACGCGUUCAAUCCACAGUCUGUGUAUGUCAGCUUACCUACAUCAAAUUACAUAAUCCGAAAGCGAUAAUCUUUAUUGUGUACUUCAUUGGAAGUAAUCGUUUGAAGUUUGGAAGAUAGCUGAUUUUUAGCUUGUAUGUCAAACUUUUCAGACUUGUAUUGUAAACUUUUUUUUAAGCUCGGGAAAUAUAGAUCACAUGGUUUCCACUGACGACUGUCGAGUGACUAUAUUCCUUUUCCACUUAAACUUUUCUCAGUCGAGAUCUCAAUACUGAAAAUUACGUCUGCAAUUCUUUCUCAAUGUUUUCAUAUCGGCUGUAUAUGAGCCUCUGUCUUGAGAGAUCUAACAUCCAAGUAUUUUAAAGUACACUUCAGGUGAACGGAUACAAAAAAUGUGGCUGUAUUGAGCUCAAGCUGCUAAGUUGACAAAUAUUACCCCUGAAAAAAAGAGAUGCGUUCCUUUGCACCCGAUUACCGUGUUCAUACAGAUCAAACGCUACCAAUGGUACAAGCGACAUCUAUUCUUUAUGUUCAUUAAAAUUAUGCUGAUCUCUCAAUUAAACUUACACCUCAAAAAGCUAGCAAAUAUAUUUUUAAUGAGGAAGGGUACGAAUCAUGAAAUUGACAAAAGCUUGUUUAUUUACGGUUGAGUUAUUUUUACUGGAAGGCUCUUUACUAGAGGCCUUUUGUUUAUUUCUUUAUCUAGGAAAGUAAGCUUUGUGUUAAGAACAUAAUUGUGAAUGACUUUUUAAUAAGCACCAUUAAUUUUAUAUCCACUAGCAAGUUGUUUCUGUUAAUUAAGAGUAAAACAUUUCAAUCAACUCGAGAUGUAGAAUACUGAUUAUUUUGUUUCCUCAUUGAAAUAAAAAAACACCAAUUAAUUUUCUUCAAUUAUCAAUUAAUUUAAUGAAGCGCAAAUUCCUUUAGUUUUCAACCUCAAUAAAAUUUUAGAGACUUGUCUUUAGCGCAUGAAAUUUUAAAAAAAGAUUUUGAAACCGGCUAAGAAAAAUGAGAUGCUAAUGAAUAAAUUUAAGGCCUUACUUUACUGUUCCCUACUUCUUCAAAGUGUUUGAUAAACAUAUUUCUAGUUCAAAACUGUUAGUUUAUCAGCCUCUGCAAUUUUUAAACCCCUGUAGCUCAUUGCUUCAUUUAUGCCCCAGCUGGUUAAGAGACUGCAAACACAUAUGUACUGUGAAAGGUUUCCUGAGUCAUGUCAUAAGCAAUUGACAAUAAUAGAAUGCCUGGACAAACCAACAAUUUGGCUAACAAUAGCGUCCAUUAUUUCUAUGACAAAAGACAGUUUAAAAUGCAGCUCUCUCAUUUAGACUCCUUAUAGCCAGUGAUAUCUGGUUUAUGGCUGACGCUGGAUGACCAAUACCAACAAUUCAAGUUGAUUGACUUAUCAGGUCAAUAACCAGAGUUUAUGAUAAUUUUACAUAGUUAUUUCAGUCAGCACGCAAUUCUGGCCAUAGCACUUAAACUGGGCUUGAAAAAUAAAUCAAAGUUAGGUUUCAGAUUUCUAAAUGUACUGUCAACUUGAUAAAAUAGAGAUAAAUGGUCCCCUAGGGGGAAGAAGUAGUCAUGGCAACUCAGUUUAACACUACGCUUGUGAAAUAAACAGUGUUUCUUAUAGUACAGUGUGUAUAUGCUAUUUCUAUGUGAACUUAAGUUCUUACGUGACUUGAUGUAAAAUAUGUCCAUUUGUAUGUGUUAAGCAAUUUUUGAAGUUCAUGUUUAUGAUCAAAAUAAUGUUACUGUUUUAGGUUUAUGCAGAACCAUAUGGUUUGUUAGUUUGAUAAUAUUCUAUAGUCCAUAAGUUUUGGGGACCUGCCAAAAAGAGUUGCUAAAAACUUAUGUGGUUUGUAUUUGCCUAACGUUUUGGUUGAGAUACAUUUUUAUGACAGAAGCCUGAUGUCAUUUGGCAUCCAUUGUAUCUGAGCUGUUGUUGUGGAAGAAUUAAAAGUUUUAUAUUUUGACCUCAGUUUAUGCAUUGCCAGGCUUGUUUUAUUGGUGAAUAAAAUCCUUGCGGAAUGUCAAUGAGAUAAAUCUUUAUAAGAAAACAUGUUACAAUAUUACAAUAGAGUGUACAUGUUUAUCAGUAUAGGUAUUGUACUUUUAAAUAACUAGUCAGGAAUGUUUUUCAAUUGUCAAAUGCCUCUAGUGCAGCUCAGGGGAUUUGGUCAUUGUACUACUUCAGCUGUGGGUCUGAUCAUUUUCUGCCCCAAUCCUAAGCCUUCAAGUAUGUUUGGAAAGGAGAAUCAGCUGUAUUUUUGCAGAUUUGAAUAUAAGUAUAUAUAAGUAGACUCUAAGAGGUGAGUCAGUAACAGGUUUUCUUUGACUAUACUGGAAAAAGUGGAUGUAUGUUCAAACAUGUCAAUAAUUGAAAUAAUUUCCUAUGAGGAGAUUAUUUUUGUACCAUUUAAAAAACAAGCAGGCACUCAUGUAUUAUCAGGUGUAAAAACUUGAGGCAAAGACGAGAGUUUUUACUCCUGAUAAUACAUGACUGCGCAUCUCUCCUAUAGAUUAACUCAUUCUUACACUAAUAUUUUAGAUUUGGGGUUAUUUUGGCAUAACAAAUUGGAGGUAAAGUUUAGCCAUGUCUUGAUCAGAUAUAAAGACACUCAUUAAACAUUAAUUUCUCUCUUUUUCAUCAUAAAUUAUUAUGAGUUUUUUCAUAGUUUAUAGCAAAUCAUGGUGUCUUUCAGAUAAUAGUACAUCAUCAUCACUGCCAACGGACAAGGUACGGUUUAUCCUUGGAGGAGAAGAAAAUGAUGAAUCUCAUAAAAUGUUCACGGAGUUGGCAGCUUUGCAGUGUGACAAGGAUGGAAACGAGGAGUGGAGAGAAAUGGCACGCUGGUUAAAGUUUGAGGAAGCUGUGGAAGAAGGUGGUGAUCGGUGGAGUAAACCUCAUGUUGGAACCCUAUCGCUCUACAGUUUGUUUGAGCUGAGAAGUUCUCUUUUGCGUGGAACUGUGCUAUUGGACAUGAAUGCUAGUAACUUGACUCAAAUUGCUGGUGAGUUGCAAGAAAAAUUUGUGAUUGUUUUGAGAAGAGAAAAAUCUAAUGGAGAUCCACUUUCAACACACUAUUUUAUAUUCGUUUGUAUGCCACAUGGUAUUUUAAAUAACAGACAUGUCACUGAGUAGCACUGCACGAAAAAUAACAAAAGUUAACAAAAAAAUAAAAACAAUCCUCAGUUAAGUGUGACUGUACUGUGCAAUAGAAUUCUUGCAAAUUAAGCUUUUUUCAGUCAGUGACACAAGAAAUGCAGAUAGAAGGUAACAUAAGUUCUCCCAACACGAAUCAAACCCAUGACUUUCAGUGGUUAUUACAGUCAACUCUCUCUUAAUGGACACCUCUAUAAGACAGACACCUUGCUAAGACGGACACCUAGAGUUGGUCCCUGCCUUUCUUUACACACGGACACCUCUCUAAGACAGACACUUAGUGCUGGUUGGAAAGGUGUCUGUGUAAUAGAAUGUUAACUGUAGUCUGGAUUUUCUACCAACUAAACUAGGUUUAUCAGUGUUCUCCUUAUCAGGUGGUAACUGGUAAAAUUUAUCGUCUGAAGCAACACUUCUUACCACCUGCAGCCACUUGAAGGUUUACUAAAAUAAAACAAGGUUUUUUAAAAAACAUGCAAGUAGUGAUCCAAUCCGAUCAAGGAAAUGAAUGAAUAUAUGGAAGUGUACUGAAGUAUUCGCAGCUUUUCUUUUAAUGGGCCAUGCAUUUUGGAAAGAGAGCAUUGAAGACAGAGUAAAAUUAUUGGAAUCAAAGGUUUUAAACAAAGGCUCAUAUGUGUAAAAUAGAUCUUAAAACGAGGGAAUGAUGUUUCAGAGAACUUAUCUCCUAAAUUUCACAGCGAGGUUGUAGCCAUGUCCCUCACUCGACUACCCCCCUUCCCCCAGGAAAGUGUGCCUCUGGCACAUACUUUUUUUGCCAAAAAGGCCAUUAAUAGUCCCUUACCUGCUGAGCAAAAAUUUAGGGAGAACACUGUUUAUGUGACAAACAUCCUUCACGCUGCUAGGUCUGGAACCUUAAUUGGUGGUGUGUUUGGGAUAAUGUAAAAUUGUUAGACUGUUCACAGUCCCCUAUUUUUCCGUGAGAUCAUUGAGAUUUAGCACGUCUUACAAUUAAUGGCAGUCAGAAAUUUCCCUGUUGAAGAGAGCGUGCUUGCUGCUUAAUUUGGGAAGAUGUUUCAGCCGUGCAUGUUGGCCGAUUUUAUUUUGAAAAUCUCCUUUUAACUGUAUUAUAAUCACUGUUUCGAAAGGAGAUGUUUGUAAACACGCCAAAUUGAUGCUAAAUAUGUCUGGCAUGUUUUUCAUCGCAAGCAGAGUUUGUUAAUUAAUGAAUAGUAAAAGGUAUGAAAUUCCUGUCAUGCUCCCUGAAUGCUAGUCGCAGUGAUGUUGGUACAGUCCCUCUAUUUUUCUCUCCUCCUUCCAAACUGUCCCCCACCCCCUAAGUAGAUUUGACACUCAUCUAAGAUCACCGCCCUUAAUACAAAGUCUUUGAUCUCAAUGGUCUUAUGGAAAAAUAGGGGACUGUGAAGAGUCUAUAAAAUUGUAAAUUAAUAUGAUAGUGAAGUCUUAGAGUGGUUUGGAUGUAAUGUUAAGGUAUUUCAGGUGGCUUUGAAAGAAAGAAAUGUUAGGAACAUUAAUUUGACCAGCAUAGGAUAGUUUUUGAUUCUCCUGUAUUUGUCAUAGAUCUUGUGCUUGAUGACAUGGUGAAUAAAAUGCAUCUGGAACAAGACGCCCGACAGAGGGCGCGAGAUAUUCUAUUAAAGAAGAAACGGCAUCAAGGUCAGGGUGCAAGAGAGAAGAAAAAGAGUAAGACUGGCAUUAGUAGUUUCCCUUCAUUCAGCAAGAAACCUUCAUCGGCUGGUUUGGCAGACUUUUUCAAAAGAUCGGACUCCUCAAAUAAGACAUCAGCAUUAUCCCCAACAACAUUAGAAGUAGUAAAUGAAACAGAUAGAAGAGAUGGCGACUUUCCUCAACUACCAUCAGCAGUGGAUUUGGUUGGGAAGCAAAAGGAUAGUGAUGCAAAAGAGGAUAAUGAAGAAUGUAACGAUGAAGCCUUUGUGGUACAGUGUUCAAAGCUAUUUCAUAGACUUUUUCUUUAUGUCAACACAGGAAAACUGUCAUUGUAAUAAAUAUUGUAAUUUGUUUACCCACAGUACACUUAAGAGUUGUUAAGAAUUUGUUGAAAUGUGUCCAUGCAUUCCAGAUCAAAUUGGAAUUUGGAAACGUUGGUUUUUAAGCAGAGGGGAAAACGGGAGUACUUGCAGAAAAACCGAGAACCAAUAAUAAUCUCAACUCACUUACAUGCAUGGAGUCCAUGCCAGGAUUCACACUCGGGCCACAUUGGUGGGAGGCGAGUGCUGGCUCUCACCACUGCACCACCUUGGCUCUGCUUGAAUUUUUGAUAGGAACUCUCUUCUUGUCACCAGUAAAGCCAUUUCUUUAAACUCUGAGUAGCUGUUCAUUUUCUCGUUGUGUAGUUGCCAUUAGUAACAAAACACAGUUGUCAGCUACUAGAACAACCGCCAGUGCACCCCUGUUGAAUUUUCCCAGUAUGGUCAACUCUCUUUAUAUCAGACACUGUAGGGAUCUGAAGCAAGUGUCCUCAUUAGUGAGAGCGGGAGUUUAUUUCAGUCAAAUGUCUGUAAUUUAAUUUUGCCUGGGAUUUAGCUGCUGUCCGUAUUAUGAUAAUAUAUCGGGGUGUCCUUUAUAGCGGGGUGUCUACCAGGUGAGAGUUGAGUUUAAUAGCUGAAACUGAGAUUUACAAGCAAAACCCCUUAAUAUCAGCACGCGUCACUAUCAACAACAACAUAUACUUACCAUGCAAAAACUGUUAAAGAUGUUUUUUACUGGUCACACCAGAAACUUUCAUCCGAUUCCCCAGUCUUGAAAGUAAGGAAUGCUUUGAAAUGCUCUUUGUUCAAAUUUGACUAAAGGGAUUAAGGAAGACCUGCAUAUUCUCUUUUCAGUUUGAUGCCAACUUCAUGAAGAAAAUACCACCAGGUGCUGAAGCUUCCAACGUUCUUGUUGGAGAACUGGAUUUCUUGAAGAAGCCUGUGACUGCGUUUGUCCGUCUGGAGAAUGCACAUGUUCUUGGUGACCUUACUGAGGUCCCUGUACCCACCCGUUUCAUCUUUGUUAUGUUGGGUCCACCUGGUACACCUGGGCGUUAUCACGAGGUUGGACGUGCCAUAGGAACCCUUAUGUCUGAUGAGGUAUUUUCUAUUCCAGUGUUUUUUAUAAAAAGAAAUUUUGUUGCUUUUAUAGCUAAAACAGUACCUGUGGAUGUUCAAUGAACUUUCUUUUUAACUCUCAGUCUCAAAAAGCUAUCUUACUAUACCUUUCAUAUUCAUAAUGAAAAAAAAAGCUUAGUACAAUGUACUUCAUUAUUUGUGUUCCGUUUUUACAACAGGUCUUUCAUUCGGUUGCCUACAAAGCACACUGUCGUGAGGAUUUGUUAGCUGGAAUUGAUGAGUUUCUGAUGCAGGUAAGUUAUGUUGUUCACUUUUGUAAGUGAUGGUUUCUCUGCUGUCACCCUUCAGGUAUCUGGACAAGUUUGAAAUUUUUCUAUCUCUGUUGCAUUGUCUUAGAGUCCAUUUUUAUGGGUCCAAACACAUUUUUGAACAGACAAACAGACCUGCCGUUUGUUUACAUGGGACCUGUGGACCCAUAAUGGAAAUUUUUGAAUGGCAACAGUACUGCCAUCUGUAACACAAUUUGCAUGGUUCCAUGUAAAUGGGUUGCUCAGGUUAAGAAUUGGUCGGGACCUGUGUAAAUUGGGUCUUAAUAUAGUGUUAAUAAGGUUUUUAAUUAUUUAAAUUUCACAGGUCACAGUAUUACCCCCAGGUGAAUGGGAUCCAUCCAUUCGUAUUGAACCACCAGAUGCUGUGCCAUGUCAGGACAAGCGUCUUGAGAUCGCCAAGACAGGAGGUAAUGCAGAUGGUCCAGAACAUGACCCAGCAGGAGACAGAGAAGAACAGCUGAAGAAAACAGGAAGGUUAGGGACAUAGCUAUGUGAAUAGCGGUGGAAUGUUAUUAAUUUGCUAGUUUCUGUUGUAAAGCUCAGCACACUCAUCAGAAACUGCUAUGGGUGAAAAAGAGAAGAGCUUAAAAUAGUCCUUAAUUACAGCGUAUUACUGAGAGUCUGGAUAAUAGCAAAUGAUAAGAAUAUUUAUUAUGUCUUCCUCUCCCAUGCUUUAUUAUUAAUCCAACAAAUGAUUGUCUACAACACUGGCUAAACUUUGUUCGGUGCUUAUAAUACUUGAACCCUCAAAAAAUGAAAUCAACUUUUCCACUCCAAUGUAUGAGUGUUUUUACAAAGGAGAUGUAUCAUUCCUGUCAACUUUACAGUGGAUCAUAGUUCAGAUCUUGUAUUUUCUCACUCAUGACAUGAUGAACGUUGCCUGAAAUAUUACAUUUUGCAUCAGGUGUAAGUUUUACAUGUUUCUUGGAGUUUCUUCCCCAAUUGUCACUCUAUAUCCUGAAUGCCAUAUUCUGCUUUCUUUUUGUAUUGUUUUGUUAAGCAUAAUGUUCAUGUGAAAAUACUGCACUGACAGUUUACUGGUAUGUUUUUCACAGGUUUUGUGGGGGCCUGAUUAAUGAUAUCAAGCGGCGUGCUCCAUGGUACUGGAGUGAUUUCAAGGAUGCGCUUAACCCGCAGUGCAUUGCUUCUGUCAUCUUCAUCUAUUUUGCAUGUCUUACACCGAUUAUCACAUUUGGAGGUUUGAUGGGAACAAAGACAGGAAAGAACAUGGUAAGGUUAAUUGGUCAAUCCAACAAUCAAUCAGUCAAUGCAGAAAAGUGUUUUUUUUUAACAGAAAAGUCUUUAACUGCCUCUUUGGCCUCCUGGAUUGAAACUAUUUUAAUUUUCCUUGUCUCUACAAGGGACUCUAAAAUAAUAAUGAAGGAAUGAAUUGUUCAGUUUUUCCUUUCUUGGAAUUUUUGUAUUAGUAUAACUUUCCAGAAGGUGAGGGUACUCAACAAAGUUUUAUACCGGGAGGCUCCGCCCUGAGGUCCAACACCUUUCCCUUUUAUAUACCAUUUUUAAUAGAAAAGGUCCCUUUUUUUACAUACCUAUAUAGUUUUAGCAGUUUAGACAUUAGCAUCCCUUUUUACUGCUGUUAAUGCGCUGUCUUAAAAUAUGAAUAAAUCACAAAUCCAGAACGUUUUUGCAAUAUUUUCAGGGCCAUAAAGUGCGUUGUUAGCCCUUUUGAGCAAUUUUACAUACCGAAAUGACAGAUUUCCUUACCCUUUUAUAUACCUCAACUUGUAAAAUCUCUACCCUUUCAUAUACCUGAAGCCUCAAAAAGGUAACCAUCUUGGGUGGAGCCUCCCGGUAUAGGCCAUUAUGGGAGUCUAUUUUGAAAUACUAAUAGCUAUUUUACAAUUUAUUGACUGGCUAACAUGUGGCAGUUGCUAAUGAAGGUGGACUGAAGGGAAAGGGUAUUAUUUUCGUCAUAGUCAUCUUACAUCAUUUCUCUUCCUGUAGGCUGCUAUGGAGCAGAUCUUGGCAGGUGGUAUCGGUGGAGUGCUCUUCUCACUCUUUGGUGGUCAGCCUCUCAUUAUCCUUGGUGCCACUGGCCCCAUGUUAGUGUUUGAAGAAAUUUUGUACACAUUCUGUGAAAGCAGUGGUAUUGACUACCUGCCAUUUCGCUUAUGGAUUGGAAUUUGGACAAUGUUAUACUGCUUUAUCCUUGUUAUAACUGAUGCCAGUGCAUUUGUGAGAUACUUCACCCGCUUCACAGAAGAGUCCUUUGCCACUCUAAUUGCUCUGAUUUUCAUUGUUGAAGGAUUCAAAAAGCUCUUCCAUGUUUUGGAUGAUCACCCUGUUCAGAAGGGAUAUAUUGACUGGCAUAGGUGUCAUUGCCUACGGGAAGAUGCGCCAAUAAGUAAUUUUACAUAUGGAAGCAACGACACUCUCUAUCGCGUGGAUGUCCCAAUGGGAGACUGUGCAAGAUUUGGUGGUAAACUUGUGGGUACAGGCUGCAAUGACAAUGUAUUUUUUCUGUCUGUCAUUCUCUCAGUGGGGACAUUUGCACUGGCAAUUUCACUGAAGGGCUUCCGUAACAGUUCUUAUUUUCCAACAAGGGUGAGGUUUUCAUCUAUUCUUUUAUUUGAAUGUUACAAAAAGAGGAAAGGAAAGGAGAAUAAAUGAAGUUUUUUUGUCAAAGACUACAAAGACUUAGUAUCUUUGACUUGAAUAGCCACACUAUAUUCAGGGCUACAGACAGGUUAUACCUGAGAGCUCUCAAACCCAAACUGGAAAAAAAAAUUCAAAAAAUAAAAUUAAUUUCACAAUAAUUCCGUUCUGUAAAAUACUGAUGAGCUAAUACUGUGUCAUGCCGUAAGUGUAUUAGAGAAUUCUUCCACAGAUCAAACAGCUACAACUUCUUGAAAUGCUUUUAGCAUUGCCUUUGAGAUAGAAAGUUUAAAGAGUUGAAAACUUGUGUUUCACAACAUAUCAAGUUAACAGCACCCUCAACUUGGAAUGAAAACUUCUUACUUUUAUGUUUUAAAGUAAAAUUAUUAUUAUUACUUGAGUUUCAAAUAGAGAAGUCUUUUAAAUUAUCUGUGUUAAAUAGAGGAUGUUACAUGCCCGUGCGUGGAUAUGAAUUUUAUCUUCGAGUGUUCAACUUGAUCUCUCAUGAGAUAUCAAAUUGAACACGAGAAGAUAAAAUUCGUAUCCACAAGUGGGCAUGUAAUAUUCUGUGUAUUAUAUAGACACCCAUGGCGAGAUGCUGUGAUGCUCUUUUUCUAUUGGCCAUGACUGAAGUAACCAUGACAACCGUGAUAUCUUCACAUGUGAAAGAUGAAAAUUGUUUCUUUGCUGGAUACCAAAUUUUCGUCACUGGAAAAAUCCUGGUAUUUCAUCAGUGUCUAUAUUUUAAAGGAAAUCAAUAAUUUUCAAAUGCUUCAUUUUUCUACAGGUUAGAGCAGUUAUCUCAGACUUUGCUAUCCUGAUUGCCAUAAUAAUAAUGGUGAGCGUGGAUCUCGCAUUUGGCGUCAACACGCCAAAGCUUGAUAUCCCAUUGAAAUUUCAACCAACGGCUGCUGAAAAAAGGGGUUGGGUUGUACCUCCGCUGGGUAAAAAUCCUGUAUGGACCAUUCCCGCUGCAGCUAUUCCAGCCCUUCUGGCAACAAUCCUAGUAUUUAUGGACCAGCAGAUCACUGCUCUGAUUGUUAACAGACGAGAGCAUAAGCUAAAGGUAAAGUAGCUCAGUAAAUUCAGGUUCACUGUUUCAUUCUGUGAUUUGUGACUAUAGAUAACCCCUUUCUGCAAUAACAGAUCUGAGAUUUGCCUUGUUUGAAUGUUAGGCUUCAGGAUUUUAUAGCAAAUUGGGUGCUAGAUUCAGGAUUGACAUGCGGGGUGCUGAAAAUAAAAAACAGGAUAACAAGAUUUGAAGAACCCUUUUGGGGACACUCGAAGGAGUAACCCUUGGGGAGUACUCUCUUUCCUUGUCCCCUUCCCAAGCCCCUUUGACCCACCCAACUCCUCAAUGUUUAUGGAAUUCAACAUGACAGUUAGGCAAGCAGCAACACCCAUGCACCCAAGGGAAAGGGCUGCAUUGCCGGCUAUUGUAGUGGUGCCAUUUUUUUUUCUAAACUGUUCCUUUUUUUCCCCACAGAAAGGUGCUGGCUAUCAUUUAGAUCUUUUGCUCGUUGCCAUCAUAAUUGGAAUUUGUUCACUGUUGGGUUUACCGUGGGUUGUGGCAGCAACUGUUCUCUCUGUUGGUCAUGUACAGAGCUUGUUUGUAGAAUCACAAUGUACAGCUCCUGGAGAGAAGGUGCAGUUUCUUGGUGUAAGGUAUGUCAUUUGUUCACUUCCUAGUUUAUUUUUCCUUUGCCAAAUGGUUACAGAACACUAUUAUUUGGUGCUUGUCAUGUGCACAUCUAACACUGCUAUUAACAGUGUGUGAUCUGUUCUCUAGGGAACAACGUGUCACUGGCUUCUUCAUCUUUCUCCUUAUUGGUUUGACUGUGUUUCUUGCCCCCUUUUUGAAGGUUUGUAUUCUGUGCUAUUAACUAAUUUAGCACUCUAAGACAUAUGAACCAAAUCCAAGAGGACCCUGAUGGGAAUGUAUUUACAUAAUUUGACUCAGCUUAAAUUUCUGAUAAGACUCUAAGGUGUCAAAGGAAUUAAUUAAAAAUAGUCAACUGAAUUCAACAGCACAUUAUGUUGCUUGCAUCACCCACAAUCAUUCUCACUGAUUGAACUCUUCUGUGAGAAAUUUUCAUGUUUGACCAGAUAUUCUUAGUAAUCCUGAGUUACCAAGCACCGGUUUACCUUUUGCAAAAUUUUGCGGGGUGAACAGAGUCAGCGUAUUAUAGGCAAUAUGAAAAUAAUGAAUCAAUUUUUGUUUGUGACAUUUUGCUUCUCCUCACUUCUAACCAGUACUGGAUUAGUUCAGUUGUUAGAGCGCUUGAAUGCAGAUUGAGAGGUCAUGGGUUCAAUUUCUGGGGCUGUACCAGUACUCAGGGUCUUAAAAUAACUGAGAAAUGAACUGAGAACAUACUUCCUUUGCCCUGCAAACGGCUAGACCUUCGCAUGGCUCAGAUGACCACGUAAAACAACAGUCGGUGUCCUCAAUGAAUCAGUACUUUUGUGCUAAAUGCAUUGACACUCAAAUAAAGUACAUGUUUUACUGACUGGCCUUUUGCUUUUAAAAUCUUGCCCAUCAAACUAUUUAGAAUUUGUCCAUCUUACCAAUAAUUAUAAUAACUUGUGUUUUUUUUUUCAGUAUGUUCCUAUGCCUGUUCUCUUUGGUCUUUUCUUCUACAUGGGAUUUUCUGCUCUCAAAGGGUUACAGGUUAGUUUAAAACUCUUGUUGGAAAAAACAGAAAUUCUCUUUCAUUCUUUAAGAGCCCUAAUGACUUGCUUGUCAUUCUCAUGAAAACUUGAAAUCAAGAUGUUACAAGUCAGUCAAGUCUCAUAGCAUACCAUGCCAACAGUAAUAACAAAUUAAAAUGAAGACAAAAUAGUUUUGAUUAAAAGGGCAUUAUUAUUGAAAUCAAAGCAUACUAUUGUAUGUACAUUUUGCAUUUGAAAACAGAUAAGGAAACACUUACAAAUUCCUUGGUAUCCUAUUUGGGAAUUUCUUUUAUUCUUUUUUUUAACAUAUAGUAACAAAACAGAAACAUACCCAUCAAACUUAGAGAUACAGAAUGAUUUAAGUAUAAUGGAGUCAUUACUUAUAGAUUAAUAUUGACUUUUAUUGAUGUUUUAACCCUUUCACUGCCAAAUGUGGCCAAAGGCAAAUUUCGACCAAAUUUCCAAAUUUCAUUUUCUAAAAUUUGACAAACAAAUAGCAUCAUGUGUAAGUACAGGCAGAGAGCUUUCAUUUGAAUGGUCACAUCAUAGGAUUUCGUCCAUAAACUCAAAAGUUAGAGUUACCUCACAAAACUCUAUGGCAGUGAAAGGGUUAAGCAACCUGAGACAUCCUACACACAUUGUAUUCACAAAGUGGACAAUUCAGAUACUAACAUCUCGUCCAUAUGAAGUUUGACUUUGUCUUGUUUCCUUGUUUUGUAAACAGUUUUAUGAGAGGUUAAAGAUCAUCUUUAUGCCCAUCAAGCACCAGCCUGAUCUAAUGUAUCUACGUCAAGUUCCACUCAAAAGAAUUCACAUCUUCACCUUUAUUCAGCUGUUUUGUUUGGCCGUCCUUUGGGCCAUUAAGUCUACUGAAGCAGCUCUUAUCUUCCCUGUCAUGGUUAGUUCAUUGUUUUUGUACUAUAUUACAGUCAAGCCUCUUUAACCAUCAAACUCGUGAUAGUGACCAGAGAAAAAAUUCACAAAAAAUCCAAUUUCAUUGUGUAAAAUCCUACUAAUCAGAGAGCGUCAUGUAAAUGUUCUACCAGAAAGGGUUUAUUUGAAUAGUAUCACCGAAGGAUUUCAGUCUCAGAUUCAAAAAGUUAGAGUGACAAAAUUAACUCAUUCGCCCUGGAACUGCCCAAUAACCGCCCUUGGAGUGCAAGGGAGACAAGAACUCCCUCUCCCCUCAAGUAUCUCCCUCGUGCGCCUCGUUCUUUCUUCUAAGUGCCUGCUAUGUAGGCUACCCGUGCAGAUCCACAUCACUUGCAUCGCUUGUGAUGUCAUCAGUUUUCAUGGUCAAGAACAACUCUGUUGUCAGGCUAAUGCAGGGGGAAGGGAUCUUUUGACGAUUCAGUGGAGGAGGCCUGAGGAAAAGGCUAAAAAAGACUGUUUGACUUGAAAAUUUUGAUGAAAAUCUUGUUCCACUACCCACCUGUCCUUCCCUCCACCACGAACACAACUAAUUCGUAGAAGUGUGUCUCAAAUUUCCCUUCAACCUUAUUGGCAAAUCGGCACUGGCCUUUUCAACAGGCCAAUCAUGGCUUAUGCUCAAAUCCUGGUACACAGGAAGGGGCGCAGACCAAGGACUUCAGUGAUUUUUUACAGAUGGACUUAACCAGAGCUUUAGUUUCGUCUAUGGCGCAGGCUAGCUAAUCACUGAGGGCUUAGAUGUAGUUUUAAGAUUUCAUUUUGAUGAGCCCUUUGAUUAAACCCUAGGUGUUGAUGUUGGUGGCUGUCCGUAAGGUUAUGGAGAAGAUUUUCAACCUUCACGAACUGGAAGUGCUGGAUGAUUUGAUGCCAGAGAACAUAAAAAAACAAAAAGCCGAGCUGGAAGCAUUGAAGAAGAAAGACGAUGACUUUGACUAUGAUGAACAUGGGUGUGAUGGGGAUGAUCCAGAUGGCAAAAUGGUAAAAAUUGAAUUUACUUGCUUUCUUAAUUUUCCCAUUUUGCAUGCUUUCUUAAGAGUCUCAUUGUGACUGUGAAAGGUUGUUUCACUGACAAAAUGAUUCGAUUGAGUUUGAAAGCUAAGCGAUGUAACCUAAAUUAAGUCAAGGGAAGAAAUGUAAACAGAGCUCUUGGUCCCAGAAAUAAUGCAUGUGAGGUUUCUUUGAUGGUGUUAUCUCUCCCCCACCCUUUGAUUUUUCCACUGAUAAAUCAGUGUGACAGGUGCCUGGUUCCAUUGGCGGAGGGGGCUCUUGACUGCUGGAAGGCGCAGGUUUGCCCGCCAUGGGGGUGUAACUCUGUCUAGGGGCUGGCUUUGCCAAAAGUGGAAGCCUGUGAACAUCCUGGGCACCCACCUCUACUUAGUGACACGGUUGUUAAUCGGUUAUUGUGAUAUACAUUUGCAGAAUGGUACUGAUGGCAAGGCAUUAAAUGGCACCACUCCUCAUGAAAAACCCAUCAACAUCACGGAAGAAAUGUGCAAAACAUCUCUGUGGAAGACAUUUGACAAGGGUGGCUCAGCGAAGAAGUCAGAAAAGAGCAGAAAGGGCAGUAAAUCUGGUGACAAGCAUAAACACAAGCACAGACAUCAUCACCGCCACAGAGACAAGCAUAACCGGCAUAAAAAGGACAGUGAGGGUCAAGAAGAAGAAGAAGACGAAGGCCUGUGGAUGCUUGGUAAUAAGGACCAUGAUGAUGACGACGGGGGAAGUGACGCAGAAUUACAAAGAAAACUUGCAGCCAUUGACGAGGAUAAAAAUGAUGUAGUGAUCGACAUGGACCAGAUUCAGGAGUCCUUACUGGAGAUGGAAGACAUGACGAAGGAAGCUCCUAGUGACCAACAAAAUGGCCAAGCCCCUGUUGGAGGUGAUGCUGAAGCCCCCUGUUAA